CUUAAAGCGACAUUUAGUCUCACGUUAAGAAGUUCACUUUCAUAUUAAUGUAAACAUUCGGUUUAUUUUGUUGACGGACAUAUUGGUUUCUGAACUGUUCCAAACUUUCAGAAUAAGGAGAGUUUUCACAGGAAACAGGGACUCCUUCAGCGAUCCUCAGUUUGGGACAUCUUUGAGCGAUGUUUGACAAGCAGCACUACGAGAGUCCGCCGGUCUACAGUCCUCCUUUCAGCUCGCCAUCCAACAAUGGCUUUGGCCCUCCAGGCAGCUUCCAUACUCCUCAGAGCGAAUACAACGCAUACCCACCUCCUCCAGGAUCUUACUACAUUGAGGACAAACCGCAGCUCUUCUACAAAUGGCUGUCACCUCCGGGGAUCAUCAAGGCCAUGAUGGCUACGGUGAUCGUGUUGUCUGUGGCGAUAUUUGCCUGCGUGGCCUCCACUCUCAUGUGGGACAUGCAGUAUGGAAUGGGAAUGGGAAUGGGCUAUGGCGGUGGAUACGGUGGCGGUGGAUACGGUGGCGGUGGAUACGGUGGCGGUGGAUACGGUGGUGGGAGCUACGGCUCAGGAUACGGUGGUUACGGAGGAGGCUACGGCAACAGCCAUGGUUCCUACAUCUCACCUUACUCAGCCAAAACCACCAUGAUUGCCAUGGCAGCCAUUAACUUCAUAGGGGCGCUGGCCUUCUUCAUUACCAGCUUCUCUAAAUCCAACACUGUCCGCAGCAGGAAGUUCUUUCUGGCCCUCAUGAUAGCCAGCAUCAUUAUGGCUAUCCUGCAGGGCAUCAUCAGCAUCGUCUACAUUGUUGGGGUGAACCCCAUGGCCCAGGGCUCCUCCAGUAUGAUGUACAAUCCGAUGUUAAUGAUGUGCCAGAACCUCUACCAGACCAGCAGCUACUCACAGAUGGGAGGAGUGGGAGGCUUCCCCAUGUACAACCAGUAUCUCUACCAUUACUGCUUUGUUGACCCACAGGAGGGAGUUGCCAUGAUGUGUGGAUUUCUGGUUGUCAUUGCCUUCGGUGUUGCAGCAUUCUUUGCACACAAAACAAGAGGGAAGAUCUGGCGCUACGGGAAACCAAAUAUCCACUGGGAACAGCCGCUUGUUAGUGGGAAGGCCUCAGAGGGCAGAGACGUAGAGGAAUGGGUAAACAAUGUGGAGGAAAGCCGCAGUGUUCAAGACGCCCCAACCCUGCUGGUGUCAGAGAAGGGAGCCGGGCUGCUCAACGCCUCAGCGAACAGUGUCAUCUCCUUCCCCCCGGCCAAGGUGGACAGCAGCUCCUACAAUGAGGACAUCUACGACAACAAAGAGUACUCAGAGAGGACCACCAGCAGACCAUCAGAAGCCUUCUCCCAUGGUGGAAGAACCAGCUCCAGCCCGUCAGAGGAGACUGGCGGGGGUCGCAAACCCUCUGCCAACAGGGGCAAGCGACGCAGACGCAACCCCGAGCUGGAUGAGUCUCAGUAUGAGACAGAGUACACCACCGGAGGAGAAACAGGCAAUGAACUUGACAGAGAAGAGCAGGAAAAUACUUAUCCAGAUAUAACAUCGGAUGAUCAGCGUCAAGACUAUAAGAGGGAGUUUGAUGUCGACCUUAGGGAAUACAAGCGCCUGUGUACUGAGAUGGACGACAUUAAUGACCAGUUGAACAAACUCAGCCGGCAGCUGGACACACUGGAUGAAACCUCUGCCAAAUACCAGGCUGUAGCAGAUGAAUAUAAUCAGUUGAAGGAUCUGAAGCAGACAUCAGACUACAGGACUAAGAAGAAAGAGUGUCGCAGGCUGAGACACAAGCUGUUCCACAUCAAACGCAUGGUGAAGGACUACGACAAGAACCACUGAUGAACCCACUGAGUCCUGACACUCAGCUCUGUGGGCCACACAGCAAACACUCACAGACACACAAGCCAAGAUACACUCCAAAAUACUACAAAGACAGUGACAUGCCAAGACCAAAGUUACCUGUGCAGAAUCAACACACACUGGAGAACCCCCCCCCCCACACACACACACACAUGCAUGCAUACAUAGGGAACAUCAGUUAUGUAGCCACUACCACAGCAAACACGGCCUUUUCU